GGUUCCUACGCGGCCACGGGAACCUCACUGCCCUAUCAGACCUCGUGUGAGAAGGACGCCUCUCUCUCCUCGCUCCUGUAGGACUUUCCUCUCCUUUUCGACGGUCCAGUGACGCCCUGAGGAUGACUCGGGCCUGGUGGAUAGGCCUGGCCGUGGCUGCGGCGGCCGUGGCAGUGGGCAUGGCCACUCUGCCCGACCGAAAGGCCCGCAUCGUGUGCUACUUCUCCAACUGGGCCAUCUACAGGCCGGGUCUUGGCAGCUACACGAUCGACGACAUCCCCGGCGACAAGUGCACGCACAUCGUGUACUCCUUCAUCGGCGUCUCCAACGUCACGUGGGAGGUGCUCGUGCUGGACCCGGAGAUCGACGUGCAGAAGAAUGGCUUCGGCAACUUCACUGCCCUCAAGAAGAAGUGGCCGCAUCUCCAGACCAUGCUUGCAAUCGGCGGGUGGGGCGAGGGAGGCAAAAAGUACUCGCAGAUGGCAGGUGUUCCCGCGAGGAGAACAUCCCUUAUUAACAGUGUUAUCCAAUUCAUGAAUAAAUAUGGCUUUGAUGGCUUCGACCUGGACUGGGAGUACCCCGGUGCUGCAGACAGAGGCGGCACUUUCAAAGAUAAGGAUACGUUCAGGGACUUUGUGAGAGAGUUACGAACAGCAUUCGACAAAGAGAACAAAGGCUGGGAGAUCUCUAUGGCUGUUCCUGUGGCCAAGUUCCGUCUACAAGAAGGCUAUCAUGUCCAAGAGCUUUGCUACUUGAUCGACGCAAUCCACGUGAUGACAUAUGACCUGCGAGGUAACUGGGCUGGCUUCGCAGACGUUCAUUCACCUCUGUAUAAGAGACCCUUCGAUCAGUGGGCUUACGAGACCCUCAAUGUCAACGAUGGACUCAAACUCUGGGUAGACCUCGGGUGCCCGAAAGACAAACUCAUCGUCGGCGUGCCCUUCUACGGUAGAACUUUCACACUUGGCAGUAAGGACACCAACGGCCUUCGUGCCCCUGUGAAGAAGUGGGAGGGAGGAGGAAAGGAGGGCCCAUACACCGGGGCAAAGGGCUUCUUGGCCUACUAUGAGAUCUGCCCUCUCGUUGGAGACCCGCAGUCCGACUGGCCGAGGAAGUUCGACGACAUCGGCAAAUGCCCUUACACCCACAACGGCGAUCAGUGGGUCGGCUACGAGGACGUAGAGAGCCUAAAAAUCAAGAUGGAGUUCAUCAUCGGCAACGGCUACGGCGGUGCCAUGACCUGGGCUAUCGACAUGGAUGACUUCCACGGCACCUGCGGCUCCGUCAACCCUCUGAUCACUGUCCUCCACGACUACAUGAAGGACUACGUCGUCCCCACGCCCCCGCCGACGACCACCACGCCCAAGGUCACCUGGUGGAAGCCGUGGAACCCCUCGUCCACCACGCCCAUGCCCAGCAUGAGACCAGUUACAGAGGUUGCUUCUGUGGCCGAAGCAGCGCCUCCUCCGGCCGAAGCUGCGCCUCCUCCGGCAGGAGCUGCGCCUCCUCCGGCCGCAUCCAUCCCCCAACCCGAGCCCCUGCAGCCAGGCCAGUUCGACUGCAGCGUCCAGCAGUACUACCCUCAUCCAAUGUGUAAUAAGUACUACUGGUGUGUCCAUGGAGAGCCUGUAGAGUUCUCUUGCAGGGAAGGCACUGUGUGGGAGCAACAAACCAAGAUUUGCAAUUGGCCCACUCUUGCAAACAGAAGCAACUGCUCAUAACACCAUCGCGUCCUUCCUGUGUGACUACGAUAAGAAAGAACACAGAAAUGUUUCCUUUCACUUUGCCCUUUCGAAUAUUUUCCAUACCUAAUGUUACAGAAGACUCGUUAUAACUUCGUUACAAAUUGUAUGCAACGAUUGUUCAAAUAAUUAUACGUUUGUAUCCCUUGUGCGUUGGUCGUAAGGAGUGAUCUACCAGAAUAGGUUAUAUAUAUUAAUUAUAAAAUACGGAAAAAAAGAAUUAAGCUAAGACGUUUGCUCAAGUAGGUAAUUUAGACAGCUUGCUUGUUAUGACUUAACUACUAUUAUCAUUGUCUUUUAUUUCUUCUAGGGAAGAUUUAAAGCAUAUAAUAAUGGUAAAAAGAAAAAAAAAAAUUGUUUGCUGUAUCUUUUUUAUUGAGCGAUCAUCUCAUAAUCGUCACUAUCAUCAGCAUCACUGUUAAAGUACAUACUGAUGUCAUAAGUGUUAUUUGUGUUAUUUGUGAUUAAUUGUUAUUAUUAUUAUUAUUGUCGUUGUUGUUGUUAGGUUAUUAUU